ACUUGUCGUUAGAAUCAAAAAAAGCACGCUGAGACAAGACGCGCACGAAAACUGAACGGAAAAACGUAAAAGGCAAAGGCGGAUGAAGCAGCGCAAAAGGGGAAGCGUAAGCAGGCGCUAAAUAUUUUAAAAAUAUAUAUUAAAAACUUUGCGCUUCGCUUCGGUAACAUAUGUAUGUAAAUCUAAUCAGAGUGUGCCUGUGUGUGUAAUUGUUCAAAAUAAAACCUCGAGCAACAACAACAAGAAAAGCAGCUGAGCCCGAAAAGUAAAAACCCACAAUAAAGUCCCAGAAUCAAUUCAGGAUCCACUACAAGAACAACAACAGCAAAAACCACUGUCGCGUCUCCAAAUGAAACAAUAAUUGAAUAAUUGAAUUACCCAAAUAACGAAGAAAAAAGCAAAGGAAAGCGAAUAACGAGUAAAAGUUAAAAAGUUGAAAAAGUUUAAAACAUAUUGUAAAGCCGUACUGCGUAAGCCAGUCAGCGCUUAAAGUACCAUAUAUAGUUCUUCUUAUCUAUACCCACACUCAAUUAAUUGCAGCUGAAUGCACGACUCCUUGCAGAAAGAAGGAUCGUAAAUAGAGUAUCAGUAUAUGUGCCUAUGCAUAUAUAGCGACGUUCACGAACUGUCUCUGUCACUGAUAGCGAUCGAUAGCUGUACCUCCAUGUGUGUGCAUGAGUGGCAGCAUCAGUAGCGCACCCAAGGACCAAGGACCUCAUCCACAUAGCCCAUCAAUCUCUCAGAUGCCAGUGGCGGAUUCCCCCCGAUAAAGGCAUCGAAUCGAAUUGCAUCGCAUCCAUUGGACGAGGACGAGGACGAGGACUAGGACUAAAGAACAGUGACUGACGCAUCCUGCGCUCGUUUGAUCGUUCGUUCGCUCGCUCUAUCGCUCUUUCGCUCGCACGCACCAAAAAAAACCAAACAGAAAUACGAGAAACAAUACCAAGCAAGCCAAAAACCAAAUAAUACCAAGCUAAACAGACGCCUCAUUACCAAACAUCGAACGUUUCGCUGUCGUUUAACAAAAAGAAAUAAACCAGAAGCAAAGCAACCAAAUUCAAUUCAAUCAAAUCAAGACCAAGCCAAUCCAAUCCAAGAUCCAAUCAAAUCAAAUCAAGCCGAAUCCACGAGACAUAGAUACUGAACAGUAAACAGUAAGAUCAAAAGUAACCGAAACCCAAAGCAAAAAGCUAAAGCAAUCAUCAGUCAAAGUCGAUAACCAAAACCAGCAACAUUCAGUUAAAAAUGGCCGAAGACGCUACCAUGGAGGCAUGUCCAAGUCCUGAAAUCGGCGACUCACGCAAAAGGCCACUCGAUUCCGAUCCGGAAAAUGAACAAACUAAACGCUCACAUUUCAGUUCCGGUGAGUCAGUUUGUUCUGGAAUUGAGGUUGAAAUUGAAAAUAAUAACAAUAAUCAUAUUCAUCAUGGCGACACAACGUAUCACAUGAAAAUACUGGUGCCCGCGGUGGCCUCCGGGGCCAUCAUUGGCAAAGGUGGCGAGACGAUCGCCUCCCUGCAGAAGGACACGGGUGCUAGGGUCAAGAUGUCCAAGUCGCACGACUUCUACCCAGGCACAACCGAACGCGUGUGCCUGAUCACCGGCUCCACGGAGGCCAUCAUGGUCGUGAUGGAGUUCAUCAUGGACAAGAUCCGCGAGAAGCCCGACCUGACCAACAAGAUCGUCGAUGUCGAGUCAAAACAGACACAGGAGCGCGACAGGCAGGUCAAGAUCCUUGUGCCCAACUCGACCGCCGGCAUGAUCAUUGGCAAGGGCGGAGCCUUCAUUAAACAGAUCAAGGAGGAGAGCGGCUCCUAUGUCCAGAUCUCGCAGAAGCCCAAGGAUGUGUCGCUGCAGGAGCGCUGCAUCACCAUCAUUGGCGACAAGGAGAACAAUAAGAACGCCUGCAAGAUGAUCCUCUCGAAGAUCGUCGAAGAUCCCCAGUCGGGCACCUGCCUGAACGUAUCCUACGCGGACGUCAGCGGCCCGGUGGCCAACUUUAAUCCGACCGGCUCGCCGUACGCUACCAAUCAGAUUGCCAUCAACUCGAGCACCGCCUCGUUGAACUCCACGUUGGGCACCACGAUCAGCGGUGCAAAUUCGGCGUCCAGCCUGCUAGUCAACGGCACCGGCAUCAAUUUGUCCAUCAAUCUGGGCUCACCCAAUCCGGCGCCCAAUCUAGCGGUUGCCACACAGCUGCUCGAGCAUAUUAAGGUUGCCAUGCGCGGCUCUGGCUACUCGGAGACCGUAACGAACGAAGUUGUCGCCGCUCUGAGCGUGCUGGCCAAGUACGGUGUCCUUGGAAUGGGCGUGGGUGUGUCGCACACCAACGGCGCCCACUCAACGCUGGGCAACUUCCUGGGCGUAACGACGCUGGACCAGCAGACUGCCGCUGCCGCAUCUGCGGCCACCGCCAGCAAUGUGUUCGGUGCCGUUGGCCAGGUGAAUCUGGAGCAAUAUGCCGCAGCGGCGGCCGUUGCAGCUGCCGCCAGCCGGCCGACGCAGUCGCAACUGGACGCUGCCGCAGUGCAAUUCGAUCCAUUCCGCCAUUUGGGCUCGGCAACGGCGCCGGGCGCCACGCCCGUCUCACUGAACAACAAUAGCUUUGGAUUGACGGCAGCCACGGGAACGGCGACCACGGCGCAGCUGGGCGGCCUAAGCAAGAGUCCCACUCCCGGCGACCUGAGCUCCAAGGACUCGAAGAACGUCGAGGUGCCGGAAGUGAUUAUCGGCGCUAUUCUAGGUCCGAACGGUCGUAGUUUAGUUGAAAUUCAACAUGUUUCUGGCGCAAAUGUGCAAAUUUCCAAAAAGGGCAUAUUCGCACCUGGCACUAGAAAUCGCAUUGUAACCAUAACUGGUCAGCCGAGUGCCAUUGCCAAAGCGCAAUAUCUAAUUGAACAGAAAAUCAACGAGGAGGAGACAAAGAGGGCGCGACAAAUUCCAUUAACCACUGUUGUGAAUUAAAAUAAAAAAAAAACAAAAAGUACCAUAACUAAUAUCCGAGUAAAGCAACAAAACCAGCAAUCUUAACAGAACAUCAAACAAACAGGCAAAAAGCAAAGCAACAACAAACAAACUACCCCAUACCCUCGACGAUUUUCCUCUUAAACUUGUUAAUUUCUUUGAGAAACGAGAGGAAAAUUCAAAAACCUAAAACCUAAAAUGAAAUGAAAUGUGAAGGGAUUACAAAAAGGAAACACCAAUUGCUUGCAGCUCAGACUUAAGCAGUUGAAAACGAAACUAAUAAUAAUAAUAAUAACGUAUUGCAAAAAAUCCAUAGAUUUUGUUGAGUAAACAAUUCCAAGGCCUUCACCUCAAGAGAUUUGCUUUAACUACUAACGCCCUUUAAGAAAGUGAAAAACGAGUUAUGAGAAGUAGUGAAAAAUCUGUAAAAAUACUAUAUGUACUACCUUCUCUGCUAUAUACAUUGUUGCAUUUGUUUGUCACGAUCGUUAAAACGGUAAAAACCGAAAACAAGUUAUAUUAGACACAAACUAGUUGCGAAAGAAGAGCGUUUGGGUUUUUGGUUUGUUUGUGAUGCGAAUGUUUGCGUUGCGUGUUUUGUUUUUGCUACUCCCAACCAACUUAUACGAUACGAUACGUUACAUGGGGCAUAUAUACAUAUGUAUAUGUACACAGUUGUUGAGUCUUGUUUAUAUAUAUUAUCUACACACAUAUGCCCAUACAUAUAUAUAUAUACAUAUGCCACCACCCACUUACACACUUACACACCUCCCCCGCCCCCAAAAACAAACACACACACCUAAUUAUUAGCAUUAUGUUGAGCUAAACGAAAAUCAAAUGUAUAAUGAGCGAGCGUUUUCAGUGAAAACUUCAGGUGAUUCUUACCCUCGAAAUAAGGUAAAUAUUUUACUACACCACCCCCUCCUCCCACAGACAAAAACACUUGCUAUAGCUAAUACUGCAACUGCAAACAGGCUAGUGAAAAAUGCAACUUCAAAGAGUUCAGCAAAAAAAAAAAAAAUACAAAAAAAGAGUGACUUUGUUGACCUUUUCGUGAUUUCGUUAAAGUUUUCUGUUCCAUCUGUUCUCUGUUGUUGCCCCACUCCCUCUAAUUGCUUAUCGCUGUUAAUUUAUAUAUAUAUAUAUAAACUUUCCACCUACGAUUCUACAGCCUGACCUCUGUAUAUGUACACUUUCGGAACGCUACAGUUGAUGUUGAUCAUGAUAAUGUUGUUUAGUUUUAGAUACAAUCCAAUCCGAUUCGAUCGGAUCGGAUCGAGUGGUGUUAAUGUGUUGCGCGCACGUGAGUCUCCUUUUGGUUAUGAUUUUGUGCUCCCGAUUUGUUACUCCUUAUAACUUUUGUUUUAUGUAUACAUAUUAUUUAUGAAAAAAAACACAUUGCGAUUUGUUAGUUGCCAGUCCGAGAACUGCACUUCUUACUUACUUUUUUUCUUGUCAUUUUGCGUUUGUUAACCACUAUUUUUGGUAAAUUUAGCACAUUUGAUUCUUACAUUCUAAUUUUAAGCCUUACAUUUUCUCUCACCUAAUGCAUCACAAAUAUCUUAAAAACAAAAAAAAUACGAAAACAACAUAAAAAGCCUUAGCAAAACAAUUAUUUCUUUGUAAAAUAUUCACAUUAAAGCAUUCAUUUAGGGGUUUCUUCAUACGUCAAAACAAACAAUCCACCAAACAAUUUCCCUUAUUAAUUUUAAGUAUUGUGCAAUUAUUAAACAUUGUUUCAACGAACAUUUCAUAACGAUUAUAUGUACAUAUCUAUCUAGAAACGCAGUGUAAAGACAAAAGAAGUUAACAUCACAUUUAAAAAACUCCCUGUUCAUAUACACACAAAAUACACAAGGAUAAAAGUACCCAUACGAACACCACUCACCUACAGAGAGAGAAAUGCCUUACUUGUAAUGAAAUUUUUCUUAUUUACUUUAUUCCUUACACAUAUAAUUUAGUUUAACACUUCUUUUCGAUAAAUAAAACGAAGAUGAAACGAAAUUUAAAUAAAAUUUGACUACAAAACCAACAAUAAAAACCAGCAACGUUUAUUUUCUUGUUUAUUUUGGAGCGUUCCGCGCACCCAACCACCAUUACCAACCAACCACCCAUCCACCCACCCACAAGCGCCGCACCACCACUAACCCAAUCGUGUUCCCAAAACCAAAUCAGUCUACUACAACAUUAUCAUGACCAAUCAAAAUCAACUCAAUCAGACAGUCAGCCAGUCAAUCAGCCAAUCAGUCAACCACUUCUUUGCUCAGUUCGAGAUCUAUUUCGAUUUCGAUUUCGAUUCAAUCACUGAAAACGCUCAUCACCGUAGUGAAAUGAAAGUAAAAUGAAACAAACAAAAACCACAACGGCAACCAAUCCUAAGCUAAGUCUAUAUAUUUAAGUUGAAAGUUGUUCUUAUUAAUUUUUGCUAUUAUUGUUAAAACUUACCUACAAUUGUUCUUAUUUGUGCAAUAUUUAUAUAAUACGAUUAAAAUACAAAAUCAAGUGAAAAACAGAACAUAAUUAUAACACAAAACGAAAGAGAUCUAUAAGCAAACAAAAGCUAAAUGUGGAAACAAAAAUCCAGAGAGUAAAUUUGAAAGUACAGUCGUAAAUGCUAGUGUGCCUUGAAAUAUGCAUUAACAUCCAAAAAGAAAACAAAUCGAAAACGUAAGGGGAAGGUAUAAGUAAAAACGAUGUUGGUGUUUUAUUCGAACCUAUUAUUUUAUGAGUAUCAUAAAGAAAAACGAGAAUAAGUCAAAACCAGAGAUCGAUACAAUUUGAAAGUACAUAAAUGCAAUAGACCGUCUUAGAACAGCCGAAUUCCACAGUUACAACUUUGAAACGUAGCUUAACAAACAACAACAACAGCCAAAAUCACAACAAGCAUAAGAACACAGAUCCCCCUUCGUCCACCCCACAACAACCAGUCAACCAAUCAAUCAGCCAAUCAGUCAACCAACCAACCAAUCAACCUACAAAUCCAACAACAAACGACUUUUAUUUCGACUUCUUCGCCUUACGUCAGAUCGGGAGUGCAACGAACCUAUUUCAGAGCCCCCAGAAUCGAAGCACUAUAUCUAUAUGGUCUAUCUAUCGCAAUUCCCAGCACACACACACACUCACACACACGCUCCCAUGAGUUACACCACACAGUAACACACGCUCACAUGAGACACACCUCUCCCAUACAUUCACACAUUCGUACUAAAUAUCAGUAUCACUUGCGCGUGCUCACUGAGUUAUGUUUAAUGUAUGAGUUUUAUAUGAUAUCUAAACGUAGUAGAGGAAGGAAGAAGAAAUAAACACAAAUAUAUAUACAUAUAUUUGUACUGGAUCUGUGAUAUGUAUUUAAAAACAACAAAGAAAAAGAAAAACAACAAAACAAAGCAAAAAUAUAUUUAUUAAAAGGAAGUCAAACGAUACUUGAAAUUAAUUAUGAAAUAAUUAAUUUUUUAAUGAGACAACUAAGAGAAAAGAAAAGCUUUACUUGAAAAGCAAAGAAAUCUCCCCCGAAAUCAAGUUCUCAAUUCAUCGAUGUAUGGACAGUUCGCUCCAGAGUCCAGAGUCCAGAGUCCCCAAUCCCAUAUAUGCAUACGUAUUCACCGCAAAAGGUCUUUGCCAGUUCCAAUCACUCCGUUUCUCAGAAAUGUCCGAUUUGCGAUCCAAUAGAGUAGAUAUCCCCCCCGCGUGGCUGAGGGGGCGUGACGAAGGGAAGAUGGGGAAAAUGGGAAAAUGGAGUUACUCGGGUGUCGAACCGAUCGGAUGAGAGGUCAGAUCCGAUCCCAUCGGUUCAAAGGACCCACCCGCGUCCCGCUUUCGACGUGUUUAUGCUUGUUUGGAUUUUAUUGUUUAAAUGCGUUUGUUAUUUGCUGUACAAAUUGAAGCUUCACGCAACCCGCAAAAACCAUAGUUGGGUGGCCUCGGCACCGCCUGCCCCAAAUGCAAGUUGCAAGUUGCACCGUUUAGGCAGAGUCCUUAGGCCGCAUGAUUGCUUUGUGCUUUCCAUCGAUUAACCACUGUUACUGCCACUGGCAACCACGAGAACCCACUUAUCAGGCACAUUCGUCACGCAACUCAUCCUCUAUCGAGCACCAACACCCCCUCCCGAGCACCAACUAUCCAACUAUCCAGCUAUCCAGCUAUCCAAGAAACCAACUAUCCACUGCAACCAUACUAAACUAGGAAACUUUGGAAAGACGUGCGCAUUCAUUCAGUUCGAUUCACCCAGUACACACAGACGAUUUUUAGAAGCUUAGGAGUUUUAUUAACUUAUUGAAAGGCAUCUUUAAACAAUAACGAUAGGUGGUAGGGAAAAGAAAGUAAUACAGCUGUUAUUUCAACGACGGAGUCUAUUAGUGUUAAAAUAGUAAGCAUAAAAGCGACUUUUAUUAACUAUAUACAUACAGUGCAUAAAUAUCUAAAGUAAUUCAAAUUCGACUUUGAACAUUUUGAAGAAUGAGAAAAAAACCCAACAAGAAAUAUAGCGGAGUGGCAAUGAGUUUUGCACUUCGAAAUGAAAUCCGUAUGUUGGUAAAAUACAAAUAUAUGUAAAGAGGAGUUCAAUUUACCAAUCAAAUCUCGUAUAGUACAUACAAAUAUUGCAUACAUACAUAACUACAUACUUAAAGCGAAGAGAAGCGAGCGAUGAGAGUAACUUUAAUUAUAAUUUGUUAUGCUUUGCCACCCACACUGUUAUUAGAACAAUUAAACAUUACGAUACAUACUCGUAUAUAAAUGUACACAAUACACCCCAUAUGCAUAUGAUAUACCUGUACGUAUACCCACAUACAUGGAAGAUGCGAAUAUGUUUGCGAUUUGAUGCGAACCCCGCUGGUAUUUGAUAGGUCGGAGAACUAACUGAAUCAUUAUAUAACCUCAUAUAGCAUUGUAUGUAUCAAAUUCUAUCGGAAAACUCGAUCGAUCGGCCGAAGCAACUCGGCUGCGGAGACGUUCAUUCAGCAGCCACAACAAGAAGCAUACAACAUUAGUAAAAUAUUAAAUACUAUAUAUAUAUACACAUACACUAAAGGUAUAAAACGUAGUCGUUAGUGUGAUAAAUAAAAUUAAUAUUAAUUAAUUCAAGCAAAUAAAAGUGGUUUAACGAUUCAAACAAAAGAAGAA